GGACGCUGAGGGAUUAAGUGCUGGCUGUCGGCUCCAAAGGCUUCUGCCGCCUGCAGAUGAUGCAGAUGAUGCAGACGAUGAUGAUAUCAGAUAAUGGGCUGGCUACACAACUUACAUGCGCAAAGCCCUGAACGGCAGCACCCUUCAGUUGCUGCAGCCUCUUUGGCUUAUACUAGUGCCACUUUUCUUUUUUUCUCUUCUUUUUUUUUUUUUCCUGUCCCUUCCUGUUGCAGGGACCACCGAUGGUUCCGGCUUCUCCCUCGAUCUCCACGUCUCGCCAGGGAACGCUGGCGAAUCGGCAGCCGGUUUGUUCUCGCCGUGGCCAAUCAGGAGCAGUGCGAAUCACGAAGGAGGAUGAAAGGCUGCCAGACCGGGGGGCAUGCCUGGUGGGACGCGCAUGCCUUGCCGCCUUACUAGCGAGGAGAAAUUUUAAAUGUAUGUGAUGUAUCGUCGUCUUUUUUUCCCCAUGGCGCUCGGCACGAAGCAGUUUUGGGCAAGUGGCAGCUGAAGGUGUCGUGUGAGAGUUUUUUUAGAAGCCCCGGAUUUGAUGAAGCUGGGAGCAUGUAACUUUUGGUCUAUGACGCACACAAUUAC